UGCCGGGCUCUCCGGGGCCGCCGGGCGCGUCCCUGUGGGCACCGGUGGAUGUGUGCGGGGUCGCUCGGGCUCGGCGGGUCUCUGCGGGAGCCGCGCCCUGCGCGAUCUCGCCCGCGGAGAUGGUCGCAGGCCCUACGGAUUUCAAGAUUUACACCUGAAGGAUACUUGGACAAAGCUAGGACACCUGUUAACUUGAGUCAAGCUGGAAUUCCUGUGAAAAGUUAAGCAUUUUCUUCCUGGCUGCCGGGAAAAAAUUCUCCUUUCAGGUUAUCAGAGAUGGUGAUUUGAAGAAUCAUUAUUUCCGAUAUGAACAAAGCAAAAACAUCUGAAAAAAGUGUUUCUGCCAAUUCUCGGACUGCAUCCCUGCUGUCACAGCUAGAGAAGAUCAAUUUGGAUUCUGUAUUAGGAGAAUCAGACAAUGCCAGAUAUGUUACCUCAAAGAUCCUUCAUCUGGUCCAGAGUCAAGAAAAAACCAGGAAAGAGAUGACUUCUAAGGGCUCCCCUGGAAUAGAAAUUAUCCUGUCAACCCUAGAGAAUACAAGAGAUCCUCAAACUAUUCUAAAUACAUUGAAUAUUCUCAUUGAGGUAGUCUCAGCUGGUGGUGGUCGGAGAGCAAGUGUCUUAGUCACCAAAGGAGGGACACGGAUCUUGUUACAGCUGCUUUUGACUGCCAGCAAAGACUGUCCUCCAAAUGAAGAACUAAUGGUGCUUCUUCAUACUCUUCUUGCGAAAAUUGGUCCAAAAGACAAGAAGAUUGGUGUGAAAGCAAGAGUAAAUGGUGCCCUGAACAUAUCAUUGAAUUUAGUGAAGCAGAAUUUGCAGAACCACAGGCUAAUAUUGCCAUGUCUUCAAGUAUUAAGAGUUUAUUCAACCAACUCUGUAAAUGCAGUAUCUCUGGGAAAGAAUGGAGUAGUAGAACUGAUGUUUAAGAUCAUUGGCCCUUUUAGUAAAAGGAAUACUAGCCUUAUGAAGGUUGCUUUAGACACACUUGCUGCAUUGCUAAAAUCAAAAACAAAUGCCAGGAGAGCAGUAGACAGAGGAUAUGUGCAGGUGCUUUUAACGAUUUAUGUUGAUUGGCACCGUCAUGAUAGUCGACACAGAUACAUGCUGAUACGUAAAGGAGUGUUACAGUGCAUUAAAAGUGUUACAAACAUCAAACUGGGAAGAAAAGCAUUUAUUAAUGCCGAUGGGAUGAAAAUUCUUUACAACACUUCACAGGAGUGCCUUGCAGUAAGAACUCUUGAUCCUCUCGUCAAUACAUCCAGCCUAAUAAUGAGAAAAUGUUUUCCCAAAAAUCGUCUUCCUUUGCCAACUAUUAAAAGUGCUUUCCAUUUCCAACUCCCAGUUAUCCCUGCCAGUGGUCCAGUGGCUCAGCUGUACAAUUUGCCUCCUGAUGUGGAUGAUGUAGUAGAUGAAAGUGAUGAUAACGAUGAUGCUGAAACAGAAACAGAAAUUGAAACUGAAAUUGAUGAUGACAAGGACGAGCAUUUUAAGAAUGAUGAUAUUGAGACUGAUAUUAAUAAACUGAAACCUAGACAGGAAUUGGGAAGAUCCAAAGAAGAACUGAAAAUGUAUGAGCAUUUUUUCCCAGAACUUUCAGAAAACUUUCAGGAAUGGGACUUAGUUUCCAAGGAACCAAAGCCUUUUGUACCUGAUGCAAAUUUGAGUGGACCUAUUGUUGUUCCUACAGCCAGUGAGGAGCACUCUGCUGAAGCAAACCCAUCAACAAAAGGAGUUGCUUUAAAGGAGUGCAAUCCUUUAUUGACAGAGGAAUACAAUAGAAGGCCAGUGUUUCUGGAACUACCAAAGAAAGAUAACCUGAAAGACAGCAGUUUACAUCAGCAAAAUGAUCAAAGAGGCAUGCUUCCAUCAUGCGAGUGUCUAAGCCAAGAAAUUGUGAAAGGCUUGGACAGAAUCAGUCUCCAGGACAGUGCAAAAAAUGAUCAAUAUUAUGGUUCAGAGCGUGUAGUAAAGACGGAAAGCAAAACUAGCCUUACCACACUUACUUGUAGUAAAUCCUGUGAGCAAGUUUCACCUUCUGGAGGUGGUCUCUUUGAAGGAUCAUCUGUCCAGCUGGGAAAACUCUGCUGCACUGGAGUGGAUUCAGAGGAGGAGGAGGAGGAUUCCAGAUCUAGUUCACCAGGAGAGCAUGUCAUGCUUCAAGUUUCUGAUGUAUCACCAGUUCAUGACUGUGAUCUUUAUCUUGAAAUGGUGAAGCACACAAAAUCUGUUCCGGAAUACUCGGAAGUGGCUUAUCCAGAUUAUUUUGGCCAUAUUCCACCCCCAUUUAAGGAACCUAUUCUGGAAAGGCCAUAUGGGGUGCAGAGGACAAAAAUCUCUCAAGAUAUUGAAAGGCUGAUUUAUCAAAAUGACAUUAUAGAUAGAGUUGUGUAUGACCUUGAUAAUUUGAGUUUUUCUGUACCAGAGGAGGCAGAUGUUUUGAAGUUUAAUUCCAAAUUUGAAUCUGGAAACCUGCGCAAAGUUAUUCAGAUCAGAAAAAAUGAGUAUGAUCUAAUUCUGAACUCAGAUAUAAAUAGCAAUCAUUACCAUCAAUGGUUUUACUUUGAAGUCAGUGGAAUGAAAACUGGCACUGGUUACCGGUUUAACAUCAUCAACUGUGAAAAGUCAAACAGUCAGUUCAACUAUGGUAUGCAGCCCCUCAUGUAUUCUGUUCAGGAAGCACUACGUUCUCGACCAUGUUGGACUCGUGUUGGGACAGAUAUUUGUUACUACAAGAAUCACUUUUCAAGAAGUUCAAUUGCUGCUGGGGGCCAGAAAGGAAAAUCUUAUUACACAAUUACAUUCACAGUGACUUUCCAACAUAAAGAUGAUGUGUGCUACUUUGCUUACCAUUAUCCAUAUACAUACUCAACUUUAAAGAUGCAUCUUAGGAAGCUGGAAUCUAUGCACAACCCUCAGCAGAUAUAUUUUCGGCAUGACGUUCUCUGUGAGACCCUGGCUGGCAACAGCUGUCCAUUAGUCACUAUUACAGCCAUGCCAGAGUCCAAUUACUAUGAACAUAUCUGUCAGUUCAGGAAUCGUCCUUAUAUAUUCCUAUCUGCUCGUGUACAUCCUGGAGAGACUAAUGCAAGCUGGGUUAUGAAGGGAACACUGGAAUACCUUAUGAGCAAUAGUCCAAAUGCACAGUGUUUACGGGAAUCUUACAUUUUCAAAAUUAUUCCCAUGCUCAAUCCAGAUGGUGUCAUCAAUGGAAACCACCGUUGCUCUUUAAGUGGAGAAGAUUUAAACAGACAGUGGCAAAAUCCAAAUCCAGAUCUGCAUCCCACUAUUUACCAUGCUAAAGGGUUACUGCAAUAUCUGGCUGCUAUAAAACGUUUGCCUUUGGUCUACUGUGAUUACCAUGGUCAUUCUCGUAAAAAGAAUGUAUUUAUGUAUGGCUGCAGCAUCAAAGAGACGAUGUGGCAUACAGGUGUUAAUGCUGCCUCUUGUGACCUGAUGGAAGACCCUGGUUACAGGGCACUCCCCAGGAUCCUGAGUCACACUGCCCCUGCAUUCUGCAUGGGCAGCUGCAGCUUUGUGGUGGAAAAGUCUAAGGAAUCUACAGCACGAGUUGUUGUCUGGAGAGAGAUAGGAGUACAAAGGAGCUACACAAUGGAAAGCACAUUAUGCGGAUGUGACCAGGGCAAGUAUAAAGGGUUGCAGAUAGGUACCAGAGAACUGGAGGAGAUGGGAGCAAAGUUCUGUGUUGGCUUGCUGCGUUUAAAAAGGAUGUCCUCACCUUUGGAAUACAAUCUGCCUUCUAAUCUGUUGGACAUUGAAAAUGACCUGAUUGAGUCAAGCUGUAAGGUGACAAGAAAAAUGAGAAGCUACCUACAGAAAAAGCAGCCCCACUACGUACGUUUUGGAUGAAGAUGAGCCUCGCUUCCUUGAAGAAGUUGAUUACAGCGCAGAGAGUAAUGACGAUCAAGACGUUGAAGUAGCUGAUAAUGCAGGUGAUUAUGAGGCAACUAAUCAAGAUGACGGACUUUCAGACACAGAUUCAACAAAGAUACUCCUUUCUUGAACCAGCUUUGCUGCCAGUAACAGAAAAUAAAGUAUCCUGGAUUUCCAGUAAUCUUUCCUUGCUGUUUUCUAUAAAGGGGAUAAAGCUUCAGUUAACACAAAUAACUGGGGCCUGCAUAGCUCAAGGACAGUAAAUAUUUCUGAUAAAUUUGCAUUUGUUUUAUUUAAGGACUUCUGUGUAUUCUUUAAGCCCUAAAUAGAUAAAUUUAUUUACCAGUUCAUUUUCUACUAAAUAGUACUGCAUGGCAUUUUGUGUCCUUAAACCCCAUCUUCAGAAAAAUGGUUUAUAAUUUUUAGUGUUUCAAGGUACAGAAACUAACUUUUUGUGGUACAUUAUUCCUUUGAGUUGCUUCCUGAAAAAUACAGAUGUACAGAUUUUCUAAAUUAAUUUGUGUGUCUGUGUAUAUGCGCGUGUGUAUAAGGAGGUGAAGAGGUUAUUUUUCAACAUUAUUUCAAUGAUACUUGAUUGUGUUUGAAGCAAUGUAGUGCCUGCUCUGAAACCAUUCAGUAAUUACUAAAUUAAAAGUGAGAACACGAUGUACGAAUAACACUUGUUUCUUGCUUCUUAUGAUUAUGUGUUUUUGCCACAGUAUUAAGUGAAAAUUCUUACUAAUGUCUGUUCAGAGUUCAAGAAUUUUGCACAGUGACCAAAGCAGACUGUGCUUAGAAGAACUAGACUCUGGUAUAAAACUCACCCAUAAAAUAGGCAUGAUUUAAUUUGAAGAAGUUUUCUUGUUAAGUGUACAUGUCUACAGGAAGAGCUCAGGUAUGUACACUCUAUAUAUAUUCAGCUACACAGCUGCUCUGUUUUUCUUCUUGAAUAUGCACACAGUUUAAAAAUGUUCUCUUUACCAGAGGCACGUUAACUAUAUACCCAAUUCAACUGCUUUAGGGGGAUGAUGCAUUUCAGUUGAAACCUUUUUUGCCUGAUUGCAACCUAGUGCUAACUCUGCUCUGAUAAGGAGACUGGAGUGUAACUUCCUGAGGUCUCUUCCAGGCUGAAUAAUUAUUCUGUGGCUCUGUAUUCUUCAUGUUUAAAGUCAAGCUGUCAGGGAUGUGUUUUGUACUUCUUCAUCUUCUCCUAUUGUCUUCUAAUUCUUAUUGCUUCUUGCCUCUGCUUAAAAUAAGAUUUAAUAGAGAAAUGAAGAAAGUUGUAGUCCAUGGUUUACAGAACUGACAUGUUUUGCAAUGAAAAAUACUUUGAAAAUUUAUUUUUACUUGAUGUGACCCAGUUGUGGCAUUCAUUUUCUUCUGCAUGUGCAAGGGCUUUAAGAACAUGAAGAAUAACAUUUCUAAUUUAUAGCAGGUUUUUAACUGAUGGGGAUUUUCUGUAUGUUUGUUGUUCCAAAUAAAACUGUAUUUUGGAGGGGAAGGAUGUCUUCAGUAGAGUGAUUAAAAUAGAAUAAAAUCUAUGAGAAUUAACUGUAUCGGUGUUUUUCAGCCAGGAGAUGGAUUGCACCAGGAUAUGUGCUUUCAGAUUCAGCAUUUGUUGGUAACACCUGUCCAUAGUAUUCUGACUCUGAAACUGGGGAAGGGGUUUUGAUCCCUUGUUAUAUGUGACUGUAUUUUUGUUUAAAGGCUUAAAUUUAUAUUAAUAAACAUGUGGACACAUGUAGGGAUGAAAAACAUGGGAAAGUUGGAAGCAUUUAGAGUCUUGUUCCUUUGUAAGUUUUUCUCUGUAGUGAAAAUUAUCUUUCCUUGUGUUCUGUGAACUACACACUGUAAGUAAGAAAAUUUAUUUAUUACUCUGUUAAAGGAAGAGCCCUCUGCAUUGAAAUCAGAGAAAUUUGGGAAUCUGUCAAAUAGAAGAAUUAACCUUGCCGGAGAAUUUGAAUUAUUUUUCAGUCCAAUGACAGCAGUUCAGAAUGCUCAUACUGCCCUGUCAAUCUUAUACUACUUAUCUGCAUAAAUACAUUUUCCUCCUUCAGAGCUCCUCCUUCAGUGGGAGUAGUAUUGAUAAAUAAAAUUAUUCAUAAACAGUUUCACUUACAUUUCAGAGAAUGCAGGAUGCCACGUGUUUGUUAACUCCAUUGUGCAUGUCUCCUUAAGUUUCAUUUGAAUUUGUAUUAAUCUUGGAAUGCUAUUUUUGAACUACUGGCAAGAAUAGAAAUAUACUUCAUCCAUUUAGAAAGAAUUGUGGCUUAGUAGUACAAAAUUGUCUUUUCCUCCUGAGUACAUAUGUAUAUUUGUUCUUCUCAUGACUCCUACAGCUUUUAAUCUCUAAAAAAAAAAAAAAAAAAAAAAAAAAAAGAGUUACUGGCUCUUUUAUAAGGAUAACAUGUUUAUUAUACAUUAGAUUGUAAUGCAGUUAUGCAUUAGAUUUCACUUAGGUGUUGGAUGCCAUUCUGGCAUGCUGGUCUGAGCUUCUACCAGAGUAAUUCUAAUGCAAGAGGUGAACUUUGUCCCUGUCUUACACAUUGUUGAAAAUGCAAAGGUUGUUACCACAGAUGUUUUCCAGUACUUGCCUUUUGAAAGGUAAAGUCUCCAUUCAUGCUCAGAGGGAUGCCAGCUCAUGGGAAGAACUACAAUGAGAACUGCUUCAUACGGUUUAUCCCUUCUCCAAUACCUGUAGCCAUUGUUUCAGUGGUGUUGACAGAUAGACGCCGGUGGCCCCAUUUAUGUGUUUUGGUGGCAAGUCUGGUGUUUAGCUGAAAAAAGAACAGCUAACACUUGAGCAACACAUUCCAUUCUCUUUCUGUGGCAUUCACCCUGAAGAAAUGGGCAGAAUGAUAGCAAAGAACGGCAGCGUCUUUGAUUGUCACAAAUCAGUCAUUGAGCACGGUCUGUCCCAGACAAUUGACUGUCUUUAUUCUAUGCACUGGGAUUUCAAUGUGUCUUUGGUUUUAAAUGAUGGUAUUUGCUAUAAGCAUGACUGGUUCUGUGUAGGCAAAGAACAUAUCCCUAGAUCUUCCUCUAGUAAUAACAAAUAAGACUAUAAAUAAUAAUUACAUCUGUAUCAUUUACUGUCAAUUGCUUCUAAGUAACUGGUGGUGGACAAUGAAUUACUCUAUUCCCUUUCCAGAAAUAAUUCAAGUUGCAUCAGAAAUCUUGGUACUGUGUCUUCACUGGUGACAUCCCCUGGUGUAAUAUAACUUAAAGCAACUUGUGCCAAAAUCUUGCCUGAGCAUCUUUCAAGGUGGAUGUAUCAGCCUGACUUACCAGGGAGUUUGGUUUGAAUCUCAAAUAAGACUGCAGAAGCAGCAAACACUGUUCACUAAAUGAAAAAUACAAGUUUUAGAUAAGUUCUGUUGUAAUGCUGUGAUAGAUUUAAUUGUUGCAGUGUUAUUAUGCAUGCCCCAAAUACCAAUACCUAUUAAUAAAAAUGCAUAAUAAAGAAUUAAUUACAA